CAGCGGCAGCAGCAGCAGCAGCAGCAGCGGGAGGGGGGAUUCGCCUCAGCUUUUACCGUGCAGCGUGCUAACUCUGCUACUGCUUAUAUGCCGCGCUGCCAACGCGACUCUCCGAAAAAUUUUCUCAUCUACUCGCGAUCCUUCGAGUGUGUCUCGGGCCCGAACAUCGCUCAACACCCAAAGUGCCUGUCCGCGUUCCGACUCGCAGCGUGAGCGUCGUCGCAGAGCGGUACACCGCCCACUUGCACCUGUCAUCCAAGCACCUGCAGCUUAUCUGCCGAGGCGCCAGCGGCCGUCUCGCACAACACCAGUGUUACAGUUAGUCUGCGACCGAUGUCCGCGUCGCUCGUAAGGUGUUGCUUCUCCUCUACCGGCUGGCCGCUUCUCUACUGUGUCAAAUCGAACUUGCUCAACAGUCAGUCAAAAUGAAUCUCACCGAACUGUACCACCAUUACAAUGUCCAGUUGGCAGAUCCUCGAACGAAUGACAUGUUGUUGGUGGGUGACCCCAUUUUGGUCGUCGGAAUGUUAGUGCUCUACGCAUACAUUGUGCUUAAAUGGGGGCCCCUCUAUAUGGAGACUAGAAAACCCUACUCCUUGAAAGGGUUUAUUUUCUACUACAAUAUCUUCCAGAUCGUGUCCAAUGCCAUCAUUGUUUAUACGCUAACAACGUCUGGAUGGACAACUGAAUUCGGCUGGGGCUGCGAACCAGUACGGUAUACAAGGAGACCUAUAGAUUGGCGGAUGGUAAAUAUUGUUCAUUGGACCCUAAUGUUGAAAAUUAUCGAUUUGAUCGAAACCGUCGUGUUCGUAUUGAGAAAAAAGAACAAUCAAAUCUCCUUUUUACACGUCUAUCACCAUAUAAGUACUGUUGUAGUGACUUAUGUAUGCACCAAAUAUUUCCCUGGUGGAAUGCUGUCGAUGCAAAUGAUUGUCAAUGGUUCUGUACAUAUGAUUAUGUAUACUUAUUACCUUUUGGCCAGUUUGGGCCCUAAAAUGCAGCCUUACAUAAAUCCAAUCAAGCCUCACAUCACGAAAAUACAAAUUAUUCAAUUCUUAUUGUUGCUAACGCACCAGUCACAAGCGUUUUCUUCAUCCUGUGAUAUACCAAAGAUAGCUCCAACGAUCAUAGUUGGCAAUCUUCUCUUGAACUUAGCGCUAUUCUUGAACUUUUAUAGACAAAGUUAUUCAGCAAAAAAAAUUGAGUAAACGUAAAAAUAGCAACAAUUGUAAAUAUGUAAAUUAGAUAAUCUCAUCAAAUCAUAAGUCACCUUUUAUAAUUAAAGAACAUCUUUCAUUCACUUACCCUUUCCAUUAUACCUCAGAGUUGAGGAGGCUUUGAUAAAUAUUUGAGUAAUUUUUUAUUAACGUUUGAAAGGACAAUUCAAUAGUGAAUUAAACUGUAGGGUAAAUGUAUUUACAGCACUGCGUGGCUUUGGUGCACUGUAAUGACACGCCCUUCUGCGGUACAUGUAGCACAUAUUAGCACCACAGUAUAUAUAAUAUAUAAAACUGUACUUCAUGUUGUGAGCUACUUAUACCGAUAAAAAGGGUCAAAAGUGUAAAUUUGCCUAGUGCUAAAGUAAACUACGAUAUUUGUACCACAAGAAGUUUUUUUGGUACGGCUACUUGAGCUCUCGCAGUGCUCGGGCCCUAAGAUCCGCUGUGUUGUAAAGCGAUACUUAUGGAACUUAUAUCGUUAUUAAGUACUGUUAUAAAAUACAUAGCUUCAAUGAAAUUUGUUGUGUACUGCCUGAUGGUCUUCCUGCGCUUAAAUCGUACACAUGGUGUAUUCAUUCUAACAUAAAACAAUUAGUUAAUUUUUUGAUUGUUUUUUUUUCAAUUAUGUACUGCGCAAAAAUAAUUCAAAGCGUUAGGUAAUUGAUUCAUGUAUAAAAAUUAUAUGGAAACCUAUUAGGUCAUUAAAGUUAUUGGAGAUAUGUCAUAUUGUACCAAUAUGAACUAAUCAAUUUUUUGUAUUAAUUAAUAACGACAUUAUUAAAGUUUUAUUAAUAAAAA